AUGGAAGGAAAAACGAAGACAUUGACUCGCCCUCCGAGUGGUAUUCCACGACCCGCAAGCGGUAUUCCGCGUCUUGCUUCAAGGUUGCCUUUACCCACGACGACCGCAUCAAAAUCGAUCAAGCCUUCACCCUCUCGAGACAGACUGCGAGCCGAUCCUGGUCUGGACGAAAAGAGGUUGCGAAGACCUUCCUACGACGCGCUUGUGAAGAAACCACUCUCACGUCAUUUGUCUCCGCCCAAGCCACAAGAUGAUCCUAUCCCGACACCCAAGCCAGACGAAGCCGAAGUCGUGGAAGAUGACACACAAAUUUCGGAGGAAUUGAGCUCAAUUGCUGGAGAUGAUGACACUGCAUCUGUCAUAUCUACACAGGAAGCGCGUGGCCGUCCUGGAGUACGUCCAUCUUUGUCCGAGCGUACACUUGAAACGUUAGCGCAAAUCCCACCAUCACCAGCUUCAAUGAGCAGGAAAUCUAGCUUUUUCAAUAACGCCAGCCCCAUACGAUCCACAUCUCGCGCCCCGUCCACUGUGUCAAGUGCGUCGAGACCGACAUCAAGGGCAUCCUCUUGCGCGCCAACUAGCAAUGAGCUACAUGUACAGCCUGUUUCCCAGUUGCGAUUUCCUUCGAAGCCUCGCCAAUCGACAGCUUCGUCUUUGUCUCUAGCUCGUGGCUCGGAGGAAAGCGUCAGUCCAUCAAGACUGAAGCGGCCAUCACCUAGAUAUAGUAUCGUACCGGGAGAUGGCGUCCAUUCGGAUACCAGCUCGCCGCCCAAGAAAAUGAUACCCGAAAGAUCAAUUGGGAACAAGGAUACAGGAAAACCCUCGCUUGUCCGCCCAUCACCUGGAAAGGCCCCUGCAAAGCUCGUGAAGUCAAACAUGGGCCCCCCAGACAGGCCACUUCAGGUGAAAAAAACAAGAAAACCCCAAACGGGACAAGUUUCGACCCCACGCUCUCCCUCGACAGGAUCAAGAUAUGUAACGGCUUCUUCCAUGCCCGAUGAGCUGUCUCCAGAGCAACAGGCAGAAAGUGAAGCUAGAAAAGUAUCUAAAUCCUCCAGUACGCUCCGCGAACAGAUAGCAAAGGCAAAAGCUGCUCGCAAGGCGAUGGUGUCUAAAGAGAACAAGGAAAGUCCGCAAGGGACAAAUUUGCAAGCCCUGCCCGUCGAUGCACCUCUUGAAUCGUGGGCAGGUGGCGACGACGAGGACCCAUUCAAUCAACUGCCCAAGGGAUCCAACUCUUUAGUCAUGCGAAAGCGUGUGCAGACAGCACGUGCGACUGGUCAAUUAAAUAUUGCGGCACUUUCUUUAGCAGAAAUUCCUCAAGAAGUGCUGACAAUGUACGACUACGAUCCAGAAAACUGCGCAAACUGGUUCGAGAAUGUCGAUCUAGUCAAGUUCAAUGCCGCCGACAAUGAGCUGGAACAGAUCUCAGAUGCAACAUUCCCCGAUAUCGACCCCGAGGAGUUUGAUCCCGACAGCGAUGACCGGGGGCUACAAUUCGGGGGCAUUGAAACCCUAGAUCUUCAUGGCAAUGUCCUAAAGUCACUCCCUAUGGGACUUCGACGUCUACAGAGCCUACGGACUCUUAACCUGUCCAAUAAUUCUUUGGAUAUGACCAAAAUCGAAAUUAUCACAGAGAUCAAAUCUCUUACAGACCUGAAACUCGCGAAUAAUCAGUUGCAAGGGGAACUGACUUCUGUCAUUGGUCGGCUUGGAAACUUGGAGGUUUUGGAUCUUCGUGGGAAUAAUCUCACAAAGCUCCCAGAUGAACUCGUUGAGUUAACUUCUCUGAGAACACUGGAUGUCAGUGAAAACAAGUUCACUUCGUUAUCAUUCGAGGUACUCAGCAAAUUGCCUCUAAAAACACUCAAUGCACAGAAGAAUAAACUGGAAGGUACUCUGAUCCCGGCGUCAGUGAAUGGCCUGGAGACAUUGCAAUCCCUGAAUAUUGCUAAUAAUGCCGUGGUGGUCUUCUCCGCAAAUGACGCGCUCGAGCUUCCUAAUUUACACACUCUGUUGAUCGGCAAAACAAAAAUUGCGGAGCUCCCGAAAGGAUUUGUGGAGCUCCAGAGCAUCAAGAACGCCGAUUUCACUGGGAAUGACCUCUCGUCUUUGGAUGAAAAGAUAGCAUUCAUGGAAAGCCUCACGUCUCUCCGUGUUGCCAACAACCCAUUACGUGAGCGCAAGUUCCUGAGCAUGGACACAGAAGACAUCAAACGAGACUUGCGGAGCCGCUGUGACCCUGAUCCGCAGGACACAGAUGAUGAGGGCUCGGUGGCCACCCAGUUCACUCUGGCACCCGAAAAUCCCGCGCUCGAUGGCAGCUGGCAGAUCAAAUCCGGUGGUACUCUUGACAAGUCGUAUGCCGACUUGACCGACCUCAAAGUGGAGCAAUUGGAGAUGAUUGCCUCGCAAGACAUUCGAUGCUUGUAUUUGCAGCACAACGAGUUCACCUGCUUCCCAACCCCCGCGAUUGAAAUGCUUGCGCCGGGUCUGAUUGAGCUUGAUCUCUCACAUAACCCUUUGAAGGGUGCUGAAUUCCUGUCUUCUCGGCUUGAGCUGCCAAAGCUUCAGUCAUUGACUUUGAAUGCUGCCAGUUUGACAUCAUGGGAGCCUCUCUUGUCCAACUUGAUAGCACCGUCUUUGACAUUAUUGGACGUAUCGCAUAAUCGCUUAAAGGGACCGCUUCCCAAUCUGAGACAGACCUACCCAGAGCUCAAGACGCUUGUAGCCUCCGACAACCAAAUCGCUAGCCUGGACUUCGAAGCCGCGCAAGGCUUGCAAGUCUUGGAGCUAAGCAACAACGACCUUGAUGCCCUUCCACCGAAGAUUGGUCUCCUGGCAGCUGAACGCUCUCCUCAGAACUGGGGCACUGGAUCAGCCUUGAGGCGCUUUGAGGUCGCUGGCAAUCGAUUCCGGGUACCUCGCUGGCAAGUAGUUGCCAAGGGAACUGAUGCAAUUUUGGAAUUCUUGCGCGAGCGUAUCCCCGAUAGUGACCUGCCAGCGUGGGAGAAGGAACAUGAAGUCUUGGAAGAGGAGUUCUAA